GAGUAUGUCACUCUUUGUCUACACACCAUCCAAAUUUUUAAUUUUUUGUUUCCUUUUGUAUAAUUUCCAAUCUACUUCCUUUCUUCGAAUUACGAUAUAUUUUUUAUCAUUAAUUCAAACUAAUCCAAGCCUAAUUUAAGUAGAAGAUUUUGCGGGGGAUUUAUUGUGAAACUCGGAAAACCAUGAACAACGAACGUAUUUCUGGAAUGUGAUUGUGUUGCAAGGAAAAAGCCAAUCAGGUGUGGGAAAACUUAAAGCAGCAUUUAACAAAGGUAGUAGUUUUGUGGCCUGCUUGCGUGCAGCUAGUUUUGUUUGUUGUGAUUGGUCACAAUUCAAUAUCUUUAGUGUUCACGGUUUUCUUUCUUGACAAAACACCAAUCAGAAACGGACAAAUAUUUUGAAUGAAUUUUGUUGUAUAAGGCAGUGGGUUGGUAGUGGGUCUAUGGACAUAUGUCCUCGAUGAUAUCGGCUAUCUUUUAUUAUGUUCAAGAUCACCUUUAAUACAUAUUUUAACGUCCAUGAAUUAAUCCGGGAUCUUCCAAACUAAAAAAAGUUGAUUCGUGGCAUUUCUUUUUCAUCCUUUUUUUAAAUCUAUACAGUUGUAAUGAUUCUAGAUUUGCUGUGACAUGCUAUAUUUGACUUGCUAUUUCGAAAUUAGCAUUAUCAUACAUGAACAACAUUGCUAUAGUUUUUAAUUUAAUUUCCCCUUUCCACGCAGCCUUAGACAACGUUAUUGACAUUGAGAGCUCAAACAACACAAUCAGUGAAGGUACGAGUUUUGAGGAUGGCGUUGAUUCUCCUCCCAGUGUCAAAAUGGAAUGUAUAAAAGAAGGGGUUUCUGAAAAUGGUAUGGUAACAUCAGUGCCAGUUCCUUCGUUAGAAAUCAAGGAAUUAUACAUAGAGGACUGCCUCCCUGAGCACUGCGCAUGUGUAGACUGUCAACUGUGGAGGCCUUUAUCGACGGAUGGCAUUUCCUGGCUUAAGUUCCGCGGCCGGGUACGAAUUUUUGUGGAAAAGAAAUACUUUGACUGGUUUAUUCUCUCCAUGGUGUUUUUCAGCAGCUUUAUGCUGGUAGGUUAUUUUAUGCUGUGCAUCUUUUAAGAUCUUUAAAAUGAUUUACUUCAUAGAAGCUAUUUUGGCCUUGUCAUUCUUUUAUGAUAUUAUUUUUUUUUUAUGGCAACUAGUGGUCAGGGUGAGAGUUUAUUACCCUGUUCCGCCUGGGACACCCGGAAGUGCAGCGUUCUGGCCACUUAGCCACGCUGAGAUGUUAUUUAAAUACAAUCUCUUUAAUCGUCAACAGUACAGUAAAUGGAAAAUGCUUACAAAGGUCUUAUUAAAACUCGUAGGUUUUUGAAGACGUUAAUCUGCACAAAAGGCCAAAUCUCCAGAAAACCUUGGAAAUACUCAACUACAUUUUUGCAUGUGUCUUUAUGCUCGAGUUCCUACUUAAAGCCAUAGCUUUUGGCCUCACGAAGUAAUUCGCCUCUCCUUGGAACUGCUUGGAUGCCUUUAUUGUCUCAGUGAGUAGAACUUGAACUAUUAAGCUCGCUACGGUAUAAACAUUUGUAUAAAGGCUGGAUAAACGCAUCGCUUAUAGUAUGUGUUUUACCUCACAGAUUUCACUCGCCUGUCUAUUUGAGAACAAGCAAUUAUCUGUGUUUCGUUCCCUACGUACAUUACGAGCAUUGAGACCACUCCGGGCCAUCUCACGACUGGAGGGAAUGAAGGUAAUCAAAACUUGCUAGUAAAAUGUCCCAGGGGAACUGAAUUAAGUCAUGUUAAGUCACUGUUUCUUGAAACAAUGACCAUGGUGAUUUAGUUAGCUAGAUAAGAAAGAUCAUCCUAAGGUAAAACAGAAGAAUACAAACUGAUGUGGUCCUCCUGAUCAAGAACAUACCCAAGCCAAGCUAUCAAAGAGUUUGUCCGGUUUCGUUCUUAAAUCGGGUGCAAUAGCUUUUUGAUGACGGACAUGUUAUUAAACAGACCGCCCGAAAACACAACACGGUGAUUCGCGAUUCACCAUUCCAUUCAGGUUUAAUCCCCAUAGAAAUCGUACCCAGUUCAAUAUAAAGUAAAACGUAGUUUCUUAGAUGACUACUCAAUCUCAUGUGAAGGCAUUAAACACUGUUUGUAUUCUCCUUCUUAAGGUAGUGGUGAAUGCGCUUUUUGCUGCUAUACCAGGUAUUGCAAAUGUCCUGGUGGUUUCCCUUCUCUUCUGGCUGAUAUUUAGCAUUCUGGGCGUUCAUUUCUUUGCUGGAAAAUUCUACAAGUGUGUGGAUGAAGACAACGCCCAGUUACCUGCCAGUAUGAUCGUCAGUAAAGCAGAAUGUCUCAACCACACCAUGGACGGAUACCGCUGGAUCAAUUCCCAAGUGAAUUUUGAUAAUGUCUUAGCAGGCUUCCUUGCACUGAUGCAAGUUGUAUGUUGCCACUUGUUUUUCUUUUUUUUAUUUUUUGCAUUAACUUCUGGCUAAUGACAUUUACAUAUGCUACCAUAGGCACUAAAGUGACGGUAAGGUUUGAAAAAUCCCACCAACCACAUACCUUUAAAACUGGAGUUUGGUUAUUUUUGUGUUGAGGGUAUUGCAUUAAUUGUUUGUACAAAGUACCGGUAAUAUUAUAGGCGUUUUAGGUGAAUAGCGUAAAAAACAGAAUUUAAAAGCUAGCAUGGACGGCUUUUAUAUGAAAAUAGGAGGAAACUCUUUGAAGCUAAACUAACCUGCAGUAUAUUUUUCCCCGUAUGAGAAUGAAUCAUCGUCAUAGGUGUCGCUGUGGCGUUUCGUAAACAUUUGAUUGUGUUUCGGUUUUUAAAGGACACUACAGCUGGCCCUUUCGUCGUACCACUUCUACGUAAUUAGCGCUCAUUCUGUUAGGUGUACAAUACACUGCCUUGCAUACUUAAGUAACGAAAUCUCUCGCUGAAUUUGGUGCUUAUAUGACGUGUUUUAGGCGACUUUUGAAGGUUGGAUGGAAGUUAUGAAAGACGCAGUCGACUCGACUAAGGUGAGUAUCAAAUUCUUCUUAGAGAAACAUAUUAAAAUUGUUGCGUAGCUAAGCUCAAAUAAAAAUUUGGCCAUUGUUUUCUUAUCGGAGCUGAUACGACCAAGUGCAGACCUCUUCAUUUUCCAUACCAUGAUUUAAAAGAGGCUGACACUAUCAUUACUAUGAUCAUGGUGUUACCUAGCUGCCUUUUAACUGGAUGAAUAUCUCCUGCCAGGGUCCACACUCUUUCUGGUUUUCCACAUGCGUUUUUGAUCGGUUUAACGCCGAAAUUACUUCUGAAAUUUCUACAUUUAUCCUUUUUGGCAUUUUGUGAAUAACGUAUACUGAUCUUAGAAUUUAUGGGCUCGAUUCAUCUAAGCUGAAACAUAUGAAGGUGUGGGAACAACCCUUAGACAUAAGGUCCUCUGGCUGUUUUUACAAGCGCGCCCGGGGAACGGACCACCAUGAUCAGGGGCGGAUCCAGGAUUUUUUCAAAGAGGGGAUUGUAAGUAUGAGAGUUCAAGGCAAACGUCCCGGGGCCAAGAAAUGGGGGAGGGGGAGUUGGAGGGUAAUGUUUGAAUAAGUAGAUUUUCGACAUUUUGAUUGAAGAGGUAUAAAUUUGUCAAAUUUGAGACACUAAUAUUAAGGACUAAGAGUACAGUGCAAGAACGAUAGUUGUUUGUCAAUCAGACUAGCUUGAAAGAGCCUUGUUGAAUGAGCCUUUACAAAGGCUUGCUGGCAUAUCUCGUCUUCCUCGAAUCUCUCGGAGUAGUAUGUGGCGAUCUGCUGCGAGAUCAGAGAAUCGCUCUUCAGGCGUUGUUGACCUAGAGCAGGUCUGGAUUCAUUUCAUCAGUGAAAACGACGGCUCAGCAUCCGCGUUUGUGAUCGUUAGGGUGCCAGCAAUGACCAGAAGGCGACAGAUGUUUGGAAAAGCAUCUUCAUCGCAAACACCAGGUGCUAAUAUAAGCUUGUUUGGAAGCUCCCUAUCUGUUGACGGCCAGAGUGUUUUCCAUCUACUUAGUACCUAAUUUCGAAGGGAUUUGAGAAAUGGAAUAUCUUUCUCCCGGAACUGCAUGCUUUCUACUUCAUCAUAAAAAUGAUUUACUUCAUAGAAGCUAUUUUGGCCUUGUCAUUCUUUUAUGAUAUUAUUUUUUUUUUUAUGGCAACUAGUGGUCAGGGUGAGAGUUUAUUACCCUGUUCCGCCUGGGACACCCGGAAGUGCAGCGUUCUGGCCACUUAGCCACGCUGAGAUGUUAUUUAAAUACAAUCUCUUUAAUCGUCAACAGUACAGUAAAUGGAAAAUGCUUACAAAGGUCUUAUUAAAACUCGUAGGUUUUUGAAGACGUUAAUCUGCACAAAAGGCCAAAUCUCCAGAAAACCUUGGAAAUACUCAACUACAUUUUUGCAUGUGUCUUUAUGCUCGAGUUCCUACUUAAAGCCAUAGCUUUUGGCCUCACGAAGUAAUUCGCCUCUCCUUGGAACUGCUUGGAUGCCUUUAUUGUCUCAGUGAGUAGAACUUGAACUAUUAAGCUCGCUACGGUAUAAACAUUUGUAUAAAGGCUGGAUAAACGCAUCGCUUAUAGUAUGUGUUUUACCUCACAGAUUUCACUCGCCUGUCUAUUUGAGAACAAGCAAUUAUCUGUGUUUCGUUCCCUACGUACAUUACGAGCAUUGAGACCACUCCGGGCCAUCUCACGACUGGAGGGAAUGAAGGUAAUCAAAACUUGCUAGUAAAAUGUCCCAGGGGAACUGAAUUAAGUCAUGUUAAGUCACUGUUUCUUGAAACAAUGACCAUGGUGAUUUAGUUAGCUAGAUAAGAAAGAUCAUCCUAAGGUAAAACAGAAGAAUACAAACUGAUGUGGUCCUCCUGAUCAAGAACAUACCCAAGCCAAGCUAUCAAAGAGUUUGUCCGGUUUCGUUCUUAAAUCGGGUGCAAUAGCUUUUUGAUGACGGACAUGUUAUUAAACAGACCGCCCGAAAACACAACACGGUGAUUCGCGAUUCACCAUUCCAUUCAGGUUUAAUCCCCAUAGAAAUCGUACCCAGUUCAAUAUAAAGUAAAACGUAGUUUCUUAGAUGACUACUCAAUCUCAUGUGAAGGCAUUAAACACUGUUUGUAUUCUCCUUCUUAAGGUAGUGGUGAAUGCGCUUUUUGCUGCUAUACCAGGUAUUGCAAAUGUCCUGGUGGUUUCCCUUCUCUUCUGGCUGAUAUUUAGCAUUCUGGGCGUUCAUUUCUUUGCUGGAAAAUUCUACAAGUGUGUGGAUGAAGACAACGCCCAGUUACCUGCCAGUAUGAUCGUCAGUAAAGCAGAAUGUCUCAACCACACCAUGGACGGAUACCGCUGGAUCAAUUCCCAAGUGAAUUUUGAUAAUGUCUUAGCAGGCUUCCUUGCACUGAUGCAAGUUGUAUGUUGCCACUUGUUUUUCUUUUUUUUAUUUUUUGCAUUAACUUCUGGCUAAUGACAUUUACAUAUGCUACCAUAGGCACUAAAGUGACGGUAAGGUUUGAAAAAUCCCACCAACCACAUACCUUUAAAACUGGAGUUUGGUUAUUUUUGUGUUGAGGGUAUUGCAUUAAUUGUUUGUACAAAGUACCGGUAAUAUUAUAGGCGUUUUAGGUGAAUAGCGUAAAAAACAGAAUUUAAAAGCUAGCAUGGACGGCUUUUAUAUGAAAAUAGGAGGAAACUCUUUGAAGCUAAACUAACCUGCAGUAUAUUUUUCCCCGUAUGAGAAUGAAUCAUCGUCAUAGGUGUCGCUGUGGCGUUUCGUAAACAUUUGAUUGUGUUUCGGUUUUUAAAGGACACUACAGCUGGCCCUUUCGUCGUACCACUUCUACGUAAUUAGCGCUCAUUCUGUUAGGUGUACAAUACACUGCCUUGCAUACUUAAGUAACGAAAUCUCUCGCUGAAUUUGGUGCUUAUAUGACGUGUUUUAGGCGACUUUUGAAGGUUGGAUGGAAGUUAUGAAAGACGCAGUCGACUCGACUAAGGUGAGUAUCAAAUUCUUCUUAGAGAAACAUAUUAAAAUUGUUGCGUAGCUAAGCUCAAAUAAAAAUUUGGCCAUUGUUUUCUUAUCGGAGCUGAUACGACCAAGUGCAGACCUCUUCAUUUUCCAUACCAUGAUUUAAAAGAGGCUGACACUAUCAUUACUAUGAUCAUGGUGUUACCUAGCUGCCUUUUAACUGGAUGAAUAUCUCCUGCCAGGGUCCACACUCUUUCUGGUUUUCCACAUGCGUUUUUGAUCGGUUUAACGCCGAAAUUACUUCUGAAAUUUCUACAUUUAUCCUUUUUGGCAUUUUGUGAAUAACGUAUACUGAUCUUAGAAUUUAUGGGCUCGAUUCAUCUAAGCUGAAACAUAUGAAGGUGUGGGAACAACCCUUAGACAUAAGGUCCUCUGGCUGUUUUUACAAGCGCGCCCGGGGAACGGACCACCAUGAUCAGGGGCGGAUCCAGGAUUUUUUCAAAGAGGGGAUUGUAAGUAUGAGAGUUCAAGGCAAACGUCCCGGGGCCAAGAAAUGGGGGAGGGGGAGUUGGAGGGUAAUGUUUGAAUAAGUAGAUUUUCGACAUUUUGAUUGAAGAGGUAUAAAUUUGUCAAAUUUGAGACACUAAUAUUAAGGACUAAGAGUACAGUGCAAGAACGAUAGUUGUUUGUCAAUCAGACUAGCUUGAAAGAGCCUUGUUGAAUGAGCCUUUACAAAGGCUUGCUGGCAUAUCUCGUCUUCCUCGAAUCUCUCGGAGUAGUAUGUGGCGAUCUGCUGCGAGAUCAGAGAAUCGCUCUUCAGGCGUUGUUGACCUAGAGCAGGUCUGGAUUCAUUUCAUCAGUGAAAACGACGGCUCAGCAUCCGCGUUUGUGAUCGUUAGGGUGCCAGCAAUGACCAGAAGGCGACAGAUGUUUGGAAAAGCAUCUUCAUCGCAAACACCAGGUGCUAAUAUAAGCUUGUUUGGAAGCUCCCUAUCUGUUGACGGCCAGAGUGUUUUCCAUCUACUUAGUACCUAAUUUCGAAGGGAUUUGAGAAAUGGAAUAUCUUUCUCCCGGAACUGCAUGCUUUCUACUUCAUCAUCCAGCCGCAGUGCCUCAGUUACUAUAAUCGAUGGCACGACACAAAGCAGAUGGCGGGCUUGGCGAUCUUCGUCAGAAAAUCGACCUUGCAUUUGGAUGAUUAAGGAGUCAAGAGGAGGAAUAGCUACAGUCUUCUUGUAACGAUCGAUUUGACUGGAACUAACAUCAUAACUUAUAAUAUCUUUUGGGCAUGAAAAAGGGAUAGACAUGGAUAGCCAGACAAGGUUGAAAACUUCCCAAAGGGGGGAUUGCAACCCCCUCAACCCUCCCCCUGGAUCCACCUCUGCCAUGGGAGUUGUAUACAUGUUCUUUUGGCCUAAGAUCAAGUAGUUUGAAGUUUUCUGGUUUCGCUUUUUAUCGACUGAUAUUAUAACAUGGUGUUAGGCCUUGGUUUUCCAGACGAACUGCGAGGUGAGCUGACACUGAAAAAUCCUCAUGUUGACUGCCGUAUAUUCGACGCAGCCGAACUCCAGCAGUACGCGUUUAACACAUCAUCACUUACUGUUACCGAACGUUCACUUCAUUUCUCUUAGAAAACUCAAGGUUCGAGCACUCAUUUUCUCAGCCUCCUCUGUCCUGCCCUCGAAAAAUAUGCGACAAAUGUAACGAGAAGACACCUUUCACGGUUGUGCAAGAAUAAAGUGCUGUAAUGUGUUAGUGGACCAUGAGCCUCCGCUUAAUCACGAUGUGCACACGAAUUUGGAUCUCUUGUCCUGGAUAGUGUAUGUGGCACUCGAAAGAAAAAGAUGCGGGAAAGGAUGUACAGAUCAAAGCAGUAUCUUAUUCCGAAGCUACAGUCAUUUCCUAUGAGCUGUACAAAGAAGUCAGAAGUUCAGCAAUCUUUGAAGAGGUGGAUUACAUCUAAACCCAUUCAUCCAAAGAGCUGUGUGAGGCUUUCAACUUGAUAAGGGAGUCGUGAUAUAAACCUGUUGUAUCCUGUCGCUGAUGGAAACUUUACACCAUUGUUGGGGUGUGAUGCUUGUUUAGACAUAGAAGUUCUCAAACUGAUAGAUACUCCACAGUCAGAACCAUCUGUGUAAGAAACUCCAGGUGUUUUCCAAACUGAUUCUGUGUUGCGGGACUUUGAGGAUUGUUUCCAUGAUAAGCCUGGUAAGCUACCUAACAACGUACAUUUGGAAGUUGAUCCCUUGAAACCUCCAGUAGUUCGCUCUCCCAGGAAAAAUUGCCCUCCUUGAACCAGCACGAGAUGGAACGAUGGAAGAAGAUGGGACUAUUAGAAGAAGAGGAGAAACAUUCCCCUUAAGCUUUCUCUAUACUAGUUUUUGACAAACGAAAAGUUAAAGAAAAGAAUAAUCCAUCCUCAAACAAUGAUGUUCGAACUUGUAUUGACUCAAGGGACCUAUUAAAAGCACUUGAGAUACCACACUAUUCAAUGGUUACGGGGAAGGAGGACGUUGCUAACCGACUUCCAUGUGCUAAAAGUUUCAUUUCCCUUGAUGCAUGCAGUGGGUACUGGCAGCUGCCAGUUAAUGAUAAAAGUGCAAAGCUCUUAACAUUCAACAACCAUGGUAUCGAUAUCUACUGGAAUGUACCAAAAAAGACGUGGAAAAUUCUUCGAAGGGGAUCCUGUGGAUGUUAUAAUGCAUGAUUUCCUGAUACUUGGUGAAUAUCAACAGAAGCUGACGAGAACUUGAGAACAGUGCUGGAUAGGAGCAGAGAAGUAGGACUGAAGUUUUAUUUGGGUGUGUUUUUUAGCCAUCGGCUGAGAACACAUGUCCAACAUAACUUACGUCUGGAAACCGUGGUUUCACUUUUUAGGGGGUUAAACUUCAGUCCUACUUCUUUGCUCCUGUCCAGUACUGUUCUCAACUUCUGGUCAGCUUCUGUUGUGUAAAGAGCGAGCAAUCAGUGAGAUGCCUCCUCUUACUGAAAAUGGCGUGCUUUGUGUACUUGGGACCGUAAAUUACCAGGACAAGUUCAUUCAUUCACUAUAGUGCCUUUGUGCUAGCUCACUUUGAUAACAGCAUAGAAACAGUUCUAAGUGUUGAUGCCAGUAGUACAGAAAAUGGCCGUGAUGGCUGAUGCAGGAUGGCAAACCAGUUGCUUUCAGUUUAAAGUCAUUGACCGCCUCUGAGAAGAUGUAUGCAAAUAUUGAAAGAGAGCUGCUAGCUAUUGUGUGGGGAGUGCUAUUGUCGAGAUAGAUCACAAAACGCUGUAGUCAAUCGUAACCAAUGAAUGAGGCCCCUCCCAGAAUACAGAAGAUGCUGCUGAAAGCCCUCAAGUAUGACCUUGCUAUGUACCAGGAAAACAGCAGAUCAUUUCAGAUUGUCUGUUAGUUACCGACGUUUAAGUACUUUGAAAUAGCGCGGCUUGGGCACACCACAGCCACUUGUGUCGUCAACAACUUGGAGAAAAUAUUUGCAAGGUUUGAAAUCCCAGAGAACAUUUUCAGCGACAACGGACCGUUGUUCGGCGCCAGACAUUUGCCCAGCCGUUAACUAUAGUUUAAGAGUGGAGAUAUUGCUAUGCAAUCAGCUCACCAUGGUAUAUUCAAUCACAUGGAGCAGCAGAAAAGUCUGUGCAGACUGCAAAACGCAUUCUUAAGAAGGCUGCAGCAGAAGAUGAAGAUCCACUUGGGGGACCUUUAAACUGUCGCAACUCACCAUUUGAAGAUAUUGGCGUAUCUUCUGCAAAGUUGCUGAUGAGUUCGACGAACACGAACGAUGAUAACAACUCAUCGACGUCUCUUGUUUACCUCAGUCGGUGGAUCGUGAUCGUGUUCUGAAAACUCUUCAUCAGCGACGGCGUAGUGUCAAGUCUAGUUUACACAAGCAGAUUAGUGAUUUGCCUCCACUUGUAACCGUGCACAAGGUGCAAAUAGUGAUAGGAAAUGGUGGAAAGCUGAGGUAUUGCCAAGAUCGUGCCUCCUGGAAGACUAAUAUGGAUUUACUUACCGGAGAAAUAGAAGGCAGAUCAUCUCAGUUCCAAAUGAUUGUCCUAUGUCUCCAGUUUUCAUCCUAUGGGCGGUUUUCAUGCAAUCUCGAGAGACACAAAUAACAAUGGUGAAAUGAACAAAUGCUGGUGGACAAACAAUGCGAGCUAAUGAGCGAUCUUUUGUUUACCGUCCACCAGCAUGGCGGCAAUGACGUAACGUGAAAACCACCUAUACGUGAACAGCCUCGUGACACUCCUGCGAGUACACUGGCAGCUGAAUCUUAGAAGCUAGCGCCAAGUCCAUUGAAAUUAGAAUCGAGAUCGACAGAAACAGUUUCACACACACCCAUUACAAACAGAUCUGGGCACCAAAUGAAGAGGUGACAAAGACUCAUUUGUUCCUAUUAGGGAACAUGAUGUAACAUUUGAGCCUUUGGGAUCCCCCCUAAGACAUAGGGUACCCUGAUUGCUUUACGCGGGCACCCCCAAAAUGGGCCAACAUGUGCAUGGUGUAAGAGUGACUUGAUCUUGAACAUGGUCGAGUAGUUUUAAGUUGUGUAAUUUUGCCAUUUAUAGACACUCUUGAUAUAUUUCAGACAGUUUUUGCUAGCCUUAAGUUUUGGUUACUAGUUCGUCACCUUAGUAUUUAUAAAUUUAUCAUUGUCAUGAUCAUUCAUAAUUAUUAUCGUUAGUAGUAGUUAAUAAAAUAGUUAUAAACAAUUGACCAAUAAUAUUUGCUUUAAGCGUUCUGUGUUGAUACUGGCCCACUGGCUUUGUGGUUCUCUAAACCUGCGAGAUGAUGCUUUGUCAUUUGCAUUUUAUCGUUGGAACGUGUAUAACUGAUAAAUGUACUUCUUCUCAGGUGGACAUGCAGCCGAAGUUUGAGAACAACUUGAUGGCGUACUGCUUUUUCGUUGCUUUUAUCAUCGUGGGUUCGUUUUUUGUGUUGAACCUGUUUGUAGGGGUCAUUAUUGACAACUUUAACACCCUAAAAAGGAAGGUAAAGUAACAUUCACUUUUUUUCUCAAACCUACCUGACCUUUGCAGACUCUCCCCUUAAUUUAAAAAAGUGAUAGAAUUGAACUGAAAAAAGAAAGGUGCAUAUACGGUUUUUUUGGGACAAAACGAUGAAAAUGUGCGAUUACAUUAUUCGAAAGAAUGACAUAUCUACAUCAAAUUAAAACAAAAUAAAAAUAGUAAUUUCGUUGUGAACGUGAGUGGUGCCCGUAACAUGUUUUCUUAAUGCACAUGCUACCAUAGAGAGAUGAUGAUGUGAUGACGUAAGCACUGAAUUAACACUCCUGUUUUCUUUAGGAAAUAGAACAAAGGUGCUUCUUGACCUUCCACGGGAAAGGGUUGAAAGUAUGCGAGACACAACUUCACAGAAACAAGACAAAAACACAACAAGAAUGUUGAUCUUUAGAAUGUUUCAUGAUAAUGAGAGCACAUGUUACGAUUAAUACAAAUAAUUCAGCUGGAGUUAGAUAGUUAGGCAGGCUCGCUUGCGCUUGGCCUGCUCCAGCUAACCGGAUUGGCUGGGUUUUUAUGUAAUCACAAAUUAAAUUUUUGUUACGUUUGAUUGGCGCGCAGUGAUCUUUUCAAAGCGUGCGACACCCGGGUAAGCCAGACUCAUGUCUUCAGCCCCCUAACGUCAUUCAUGAGGUCUUCUUUUUUCAAGAGUUGGCCAAAACCAAAGCGGCCAUUAAGAUGUACCCUCCUAUGCUGUGAAUAAAAACAUUUAAAUAAAUAUUGGAAACUAUCGAAUAAUUUGUCUACCUUAUUUAGUUUAGGCGCACUUACGUACGAACUGUUGUGCUUUAAUUUUCAAUCUUAGUACGAGGACAUCAGCAGUAUGGGUAUGUUACUGACCGAAUCACAAAGAAAGUGGGUUAGUUUUCUAAAGGAAGCCGCCAGGAAGAAACCACCCACAAAGGAGAUUCGUCCUGAGGUACUAGUUAAUGCAGUUGAACUUGUUCCAGACAAAUUCAUUAAAGUAAUGGGAGAACUAUUUAUGAAAGUGAAAACGAUAGUUGAAGAAGCAAUGUCACGAUUUUUUUGUUAUUUUGAAACCCCCAAAACACAGUUCAGUCAAAGAAAACCCUAAAAUAAUAGUUCAUUUUUUCUCAAAAUUGCUCUAGUAAUUUAACUCAACUAUAAAUUUAUGUCUACCUUUCGGUGACCAGGAGGCAACAGGAUUAAAACGUUUUCGAGUUAAACUCCCGUGUUGUCUAAAAAUGAGCAAAACCGAUCAUUCUUUGGCUUCCUUUGAUAGAAACAUUUGAUAUAUUUCAUUCAUUGACCAAGCAUGGCAAAGAUGAAAAUAUUGGAUCAAUUAAGGUUUCUGGGAAACUGCCCACCUACCCCUCCCCUAACUCGACGUUAACAUUUGCGUCUCACAUUUUGGGUUAGGGGAGGGGUAGGUGGGCAGUUUCCCAGAAACCUAAAUUGAUCCAAAAUAUUCACCAUAAAACUCACCAUGACAUAGCCUCUUUAAAAAGUUAAAGAAUGCGUUAUUGUUAGUUAAGGAAUAAAUUUCUUAAUACCAUCUAUACAACUACAUUUUCCGGAUGCCCAAAGCCGAGCCCCUCGCUAUGCUUUUUUCAUGUGCAAUUGUUUAUAUGUUCCACAGAAACGAUUGAUCAGCCUGCUAUAUGACGUGGUAACGGGGAAUAAAUUUGAAGUCGCCAUUAUGAUAGUGAUAACGUGCAACAUGGUCAUGAUGAUGAUUCAACAUCACGGACAGUCCUCCCAGGUCACCACCGUACUUCAUAUCCUUUUGCCACGACAAGUGUUUUCAUUUGCUUCCUAUUUCCAUAAAGUACGGUUUCUAAUUUAUACAAUUUAUUUAAUCUGUAAGAUCUAAUAUCUACCUGAAUAGGAUAAAAACAGAUAUUUCUAUUUAAGUUGCUUUUGGUUGAAGUUGAGGUACUAACUUUCCGUUCAUGCCUUAAGUAAAGUCCAAGGAUACGAAAAAAAAGCAAAUUAUAAAUAUAAUUAUCAAAAGCCAGUAACAUCGUUUUGAGAGAAAUGUUAGUAUUUCCUGGUACAUUUGCGUAUUCCCAACUCUCUGCUAAGUCCCAACUAACCUUUAUCAUAGUCUUUCCCACGAAGAGGCAGUAAUACCUCUUGUGAAUCUUGCACGUUCCAUCAGAGACAGGCAGGCCCCAGUUGUUCAAAAGCUGAAUAGCGCUAUCCAUCGGAUAAAUCUCUGUCCAGUGAAUAAGCAUUAGGGAAACCAAUUGCAUUAUCCAGUGGAUAGAGAUUUAUCCGCUGGAUAGCGCUAUCCACCUUUUGAACAACUGGAGCCAGAAGAUUAGGACGUUACACACGUUUAUUUAUUUCAAAACAAGUAAAUGAGUAUCGAAAAUGCUAGAUUUAGCUCUUCCUUUAAUACUCAGAUUUCCUUAAAAAAUUUCAUAGGCAGAACCUCGAAUGUAAUAACAAUCCGCAGAAUAAGUAACACUGUAAGCUAGUGAAUCUUAUAAAUACUUUCCUUAACUCAUGAUCACGUGUAACCAAUUUUAUCUUUACUGGUAUCUUUGUUUUGGAAGCCAUACUAAAGGUUAUUGCACUGAAACAGCACUACUUCAAGAAAGCGUGGAAUGUGUUUGAUUUUGUUAUUGUUAUCAGCUCUAUUGUAGGUAGGUAUAUCCUAGAUUGCCGUCAUAAAUUUUGAAAUUUAUCAGCCUUCCUAAAAGUUAAGACCAAAUGCAAUCGAGAUUCCCAGCUCUUUCUUCACUAAAAAACGUUUACUUGUAUAUGUUAUUUGCCGGCCUGAUAGUCCGUGUAUAAAAAAGAGAGGCCGGCAAAUAACAUUUUUGUUCUCACUCUUAAAAUUUGCGGGAAAAUAUUACUUUAGCCUCCAAGUUGGUUCAGAGCACGAGCGAUUGUAAAACCAAUUACAGUUUACCUGAACAUUUAAUUAUAACUAUAAAACAAGUGAAUCUUUCUCAUAUACCGCUUAUUUACCGAGAGUGAGCUCCUUCCAGGGAAAUCUCAGACUGAGGCCUACGAUUGAGCGAUAGCGAGGUCAAUACUUAAAGCCCGAUCGCGAGGUCUGAGAUUUACCUGUAAUGAUCGAACGGACGAGGUUAAUAAGUUAUUUAUUGUAUGGCCUUUUUAGCGUUGCCAAUGCGAUCGAGACCGCAUGAAACAGUUUUUUGACAGUGAGACAAUUCUUGUUUUUAUUUGUCAAGAUCUAAGGCAAAUUUAUCCACUUCAAUUUCACACAGCACACUGACCUGUGUUUAUAAGUGUUUGACCCUUAAAAAUUUUAAAAGCUGAGGUAAAGACGGGCCCAGUUUGUGACUGAAUUUUGAACAAGUUGCGAGAACUUGAAGUCAGCGUAGGGUAACUGAAGGCUGGUUGAGGCAGCAUGGCCCCCCGUUUUACAUUGUUUUAGCAGUUUUCCCGACUGAUUUGCCACAUAUAUUUUGUUUGGAUAACAAGUUCACUUUUUCUCUAGCUAGUACUCAUAAGGGCUCAUGUUUAAGACGAAAACUGUAUAAAAGCAUAGCUUUCGUUCAUUCACCAAAACUAACAAGCCUGUGAAUCCAGCCGCCACGACCGCAAAUUCCGCUUAGGGUUGGCGGGCAAGAUAAUUGUAAAAACUGCCUACUAACGGAACUAAUUAGAUAGAAGGCUUUGGAGAAUCCACCGGCUUGCAAUUCGGAGCUCUAAAUGUAGUGGGUAGCCAAAAUUUAUCCUUACUAUCAAGCAACUUUGGAACAAAUUUUUCUUCUCAGAUAGCCUUUAUCUUACCCACUACCAAAUCUCCUCCUUUAAUUCCUCACCUUAACAAGUCGGGUUUGGUUUGAGGUGCUUCAAAAAAUUUCUGUAUUAAAUUUUAAUUUCCUCUCGAAGAGUUGCUUGAGUAGAUACGGGAUUAAUUUAGUGAAUCGUUUUGCUGCAGACUAAAAAAAUAUUUUAUUUAAUGUCUUUACAGAGAUUAUCCUUGGGGAGGUAAAUGUGAAUGAAGAUAUGUUCAGUCCCAGUCUUCUUCGUGUUCUACGCAUCUUUAGAAUUGCUAGGCUCCUAAGGCUGGUAGAGUUUGCCAAGGGAAUACGUCAGCUCUUGUGGGCUCUUAUGAUUUCAUUACCAGCUCUCUUCAACGUAGGUGCACUUCUUUUCUUGGUGAUAUUUAUCUACGGAAUCAUUGGCAUGUCAGCGUUUGGACACGUUAAACAAGAAGGCGCGUUAAAUGAAAUUGUAAAUUUCGCGACAUUUGGUAGUUCACUGUCAUUACUCUUUCGCUUAUCAACUGGCGCGGGAUGGAAUGACAUUAUGGAUUCCUUGCUACUGAAACCGCCAGACUGUGAUCCUAACUACAUGAAUCUUCCCCAUGGCAACUGCGGUUCCAUUGGAGCUAUUUUUUACUUGGUCAGUUACAUCGUAAUUGUUUCCCUCAUCAUUAUAAAUAUGUACAUUGCUAUCAUUCUCGAAAAUGUGUACCGUGCUCACGAGAUCGAGGAUUUCGGCAUCACCCAGGAAGACUUUGACAGCUUCUAUGUCUUGUGGGGGGAGUUUGUUCCUGACGGUAGGUUAUAUCUUCCGUUAACUCAGCUGUCGGAGUUCGUUGCUACUCUGAAGAAACCAUUCAAACUUCCAAAACCAAACACUGAAGUAUUGGCAGAGAUGGACAUACCGUUGCGGUCGGGAGAGGUUGUUCACUGUUUUGAGUUGCUGAAGGCGCUAGUUAAACGUGUUUUGGGAGAGCAUGGUGAAUCCCCAGAAGUUUUUCAGGAAAUUACUUUGAAAAUGGAGGCUAGAUUUAACAAAUCAUUCCGAGAAAGGAAGGCGUCAUUGCCGAUAAUUGGUUCUACUAAAUCGAAAUUAUCUGAAAGCGUGCCCGAGAAUGACCUUUGA